UCCAGACAAGUUGGGGAGCACAGAUGAGGAGCUUCCCAUUGAGAGUGCACUGGGUAUAUUCCCAAAAGUGGAUUUCUCCAUGCUUGUACCUGGAGUGGAAGCUGGACUAAGCAGAGUUUGUGGUGGCGAUGUGGAGUCUGUUGUGCUGUUUGGUCUUGAGAGUCAUGUUUGCGUGGAAGCCACAGCUGUGGAUUUGAGGGCGAAAGGAUUACAAGUACAUGUUGUGGCGGACGCUACAUCUUCCAGGAGACAAGAUGAUAGGCUAUUGGCUUUUGAG